AUGGGGAGGCGCACGGGGCGUAAAAGGUCGCGCCUUGUGACCGAAAAACCACCGGAGGGGGCAAAGGAAAUGGAUCAGGACUUGCCUUCUUCUAAUUCAUCAACAUCUUCUUACUCCGAUGCUGAACCUGAAACAAAAGAACAAGAACGACCUAUGGCGAAAAAACGGGAGAAGGAUAAAUACACACCAUAUAAAGCAGGAAACUACAUCAGGUUGUAUGACGAAAAUUCACAGAAAAAAGAAUUUAUUGUUUUCCUUAAUCGUGAGGAGGAUAAUAUCAAAAUCUCUGACAAGGAUAGGUUAGCAUUAUCUAAUGGCAUCAGGAAACAUUGCGUCUCAGGUGUAAUGCACUUGAGGUCAAUUAACGCCUUCAAAAUUGGAAUCACAUUUGAUGUCCCCAACAAUGCAAAUGUUUUCUUAAAAAAUGACAAGCUCUUAAAUGAAUUGCAUAUGGUUGCCUCAAUCCCCGCUUCAGAAACCGAAGCCACAGGGGUGCUGACGUCGGUCCCUUGCGAUUACUCUAAUAAAAAAAAAUAUCAGCUUAUUGCUUCAAGCAAGAAGGUUAUUAGUGUAAGACGUUUCAUGCGACGGGUAAAGGAUGCUCAGGGUUCUGUAUCUUUUGUCCCGACACAAACAGUUGCUGUCACUUUCGCUUCCACUCAACUUCCCGAGUAUGUGACUUUGGAUCACUGGCGACACGAGGUAGGGGUUUAUGUACCUCCAGUCAAGCAGUGCCUGAGAUGUAUGAAGUUCGAUCAUAUUGCAAAAUAUUGUAAAAAUAACGAGGUCUGUUCAAUUUGCUCCGGCAAUCAUAAUUACAAAACAUGUGACAAGUCCACAACUAAGUGUGCCAAUUGUGGUGGAAGGCAUAUUGCGAUUUCCGCCACAUGUCCACUAAAAAAAGAAAAAAUUGAAUUAAAUAAAAUUAAGUCGAUGGAUGCAAGAUAUGCAGAUCUCUUUAGUGGAGUUGCAUUUCCACAGCUUAAUUCUAAAUAUGUUAGUACUCAAUCAACAAAUCUAACUAAAAAUGAUAAAUUUAUGAACUUGUUAGUAGAAGCUAUGCUUCAAAUAUGUUCAAAUAACGACUUGCCUAAAAAUUCUAAAAGUAUAAGAGAAGUUUUAAAUAACACAUUUAAUAAAAAAACACCUUAA